AUGGAUCGAGCUCUGCGGGCUCAGGACGAGGCGCGCAGGCUGCAGUUCGCCCUUGCCCAGCAGCAGGUGCAGCAGUACCAGGCCAUGACGAAGCAGCUCGAGGCCCAGUCCGGGAUCGCUAUGACGCCCUCUAGCAGCAUCGGGGCAGCUAGUGCAAGUGUUGCCGGCCUUGCCAAGACGUCGGAAGACCUGCAGAAGCUCCGGACGGAACAACUGGCCAGGCUGCAGCAGAACGUGCAGCGUCAAGCGGCCAUGGCGGCCCAGGCGGUGCAGAAGCGGUCGAACGAGGAGUGGCUUCGCAGCAAGCUGCUGCUGGAGCAGGAACACCUGAGGCUCAUGAGGAUGCAGGAGCAGCAGGUGAAGCAGGCAGGCAAGGGCAACACCGUCUCGACGGCCACAGCCACAUCCAUCGCCGACAGUUUGCUGGCGCAGCAGCAACAGGUCAUCCGACAGCAGCAGCUACUGAGGGAUAUGCUCCAAAAGCAGCAGAAGCAGCAACAAGCGCAGCUCCAGCUCCAGAUGCAGCUCCAGAAGACCGGGGAGAAGACGGUGGCCAAGCCGGUGACGACGUCGACGGCAGCUAAGACCCCCGUGAAGCCGUAC